UUUAUGCCGUGAUAACAAAUAGUGUAAUACGGUAAAGUCACAAGUAGGUGAAGCGUUGUGUAAAAAUAAUAACGUAUCACAAUAAGACCAAUACUAAAACUCAUAGUGUGGUUUAAACUUAAAAUCUGUUUUCUCAUUGGACUAUUUAGCGGAUAAGGUGUACGACAGCUACGACUGCUUGAAGCUCGUUGGGUAAACCACGCGGAAACGGUUGCGAUGGUUGCGGUUGGAAAUAGCAAGAAAUAGCGCGUCUCGAGAACGGACCGCGCGUGCUGUGGCAGCAUCGGCGGCGUUCCUGAAUUUUUCGCUUGAAAGUUUUUUUUGCCAGUAUCCCACUUGUGCGCUCGACGUCGCCUUAAAAACGGAACCCGGCCCUCCAGCACGGCCGAGAGCGGUCUCUAAAGCCAAACCAUGAUGGACGAAGACAGCGCGGGCUUCGGCGAGCUCCUGCAGCAAGCCGAGCAGCUCACCGCCGACAUCGACGGCAACACAGACCUGCCGAGGGUUCAGCGAAACCUCAAGCAGAUCCUCGAAGAAGGACAGCAGCUAUGGUCCCGCACGGCGCAGCUCUCGGCCAAGGACACGACGGACGUCAAGGCGUCCAUCCUGCUCGGCUCGCAGGGCUUCGACCUGCCUAAGGUGUCCAAGAAGCUCGAGAGUCUAAGCGCCGUCAAGAGCUUCGAGCCUAUCGAGCCCAUCCACGAGACAGACAUCGACUCCUUCCUGCGCAACGAGCGGGAGAACGCGCUUUUGUCUGUCAUUCAGGAGUCGACUAAGACGACGCUACGCGAAGCGGACGACUUCUACUGGCAGGUGAUGUCGAGCGACUGGCAGCGGGAGAAGCAACGCAUCCUCAACUCUCUGCUCGGUUCCUCCAACGAAGUGAUGGACGUGAGCGUGGCCCAAGAAACCACCGUGUUCCCCGUCAACAUGAAAACCCGCAGCGCCAUGUCGGCCACUGAAGUGGCCUACGCUCGCGAAGUCUACCUCUACAACGAGCAAGUGGUGUUGGGUGGGUUGCGGCCCAACCUGGCCGAGCGUUUCAAAGUUCUCGCCAAGGAAGGCAACGACAGGGGGGCCGCCGACCUGUGGGACAUGGUUUGCGCCUUGCUGGACGCGCCGCGUCGAGGCGUAGAGAGAGACGAGGCGUUCAAUGCCGGCUUCGUGCGUCAAGCGCGCCGCUACCUGGAGAGGAGCUACUGCCGCUACAUGCGCAUGAUCGUUCAGGGGAACCUCGAGCAGGCGUCGAUGGGAGGAGUCCCCGGAACGCUGAACCUGGUCACCAGCUUCCUGAAUGUCAAGGCACCCGUGGUGGCUUCUGCCAGUGAAGGCACAGUCUUGGGGCAGCCCGUGUGGGCCUUGGUCUACCUCUGCCUCCGCUGCGGAGACCUGGACGCCGCCGCAGAAGUGUGCCGGCGGGCAGGCGCCAUGGCCGGCGAGCUGGCGCCACUCCUCGAGGAGUGUGCUGCGUCGGAAGACCGCCGCUUGGGGCCCAGCUCGGAGAACAAGGUGCGGCUCCAGUACACCCGGUCGGGCGGCAGUGCCUCGGGGGACCCCUUCAAGCAGGCCGUCUUCUGCGUGCUGGGUCGCUGCGACGUGGCCCAGGACCACGCCCAGGUGGCGACCACGGUGGAGGACUACCUGUGGCUCCACUUGUGCCAGGUGCACACCGAAGAGCUCCAGGCUGGCGAAGAGGAGCCUCAAGACUGGCUGACCCUGUCUCGCCUCCAGCGCAUCCUCCUCGAAGACCACGGGGAGUCACACUUUGACGCUCAGAACCAGCCCUUCCUCUACUUCCAAGUGCUCUUCCUGACGGCCCAGUUCGAGGCAGCCAUCGAGUUUCUCUCCCGCUACGAGCCGCUGCGCUGUCACGCCGUGCACGUGGCACUCGUGCUCUACGAGGCCGGCCUAGUGACGCCGCCACACUCGGUCCAGGCCGGUCUGGUGUCCAAAGCACCGGACGGUGGGCCGCCCCGGCUCAACCUGGCACGCCUGGUCACAAGCUACACGCGCAAGUUUGAGGCCACGGACCCCCGCGAGGCCCUCAACUACUUUUACUUCCUUCGUAAGUUAAAGGGGGUCCACGGGGAGAACCUUUUUGUGGCGUGCGUCAGCGAGCUGGUCCUCGAGACGCGGGAGUUCGACGCACUCCUGGGGAAGAUGGAGCGCGACGGGUGCCGGCGACCCGGCGCCGUGGACCGCUUCCAGGCGGACACGCACCGGAUCGUCGAAGCGGUCGCGGGAGACUGCGAGAAGCGUGGACUCUACGAGGACGCGGUCCGUCUGCUCGACCUGUGCGGGAAGCACGACGAGGCAGUUCGGCUCCUCAACCGGCUGCUCGGGCAGCAAGUGCCGCUGCCGUCGGGGCCGGCGUGGGAGCGGCUCCACUCGCUCGCGGUGGAGCUGGCGGAGCGGUACCGCAGCCACGGGACCAACGCGUCCGCAGACGCGACGUCGGCGCUCUACCUUCUGCUCGACCUCGGGCUGUUCUUCCUUCAGGCGCGGCAGGGGCAGGCAGUGCUGGCGCUGGAGACAAUGCGCAAGUUGCAGAUCAUACCGCUCGAUCCGUCGGAGGUGGAGGCGAGCGCGAGAGCGCUCCCGCAGAGGUCGGAGGAGGUUCGUCGGAUCUUGGCAGACGUGCUGUUGGCCGUCAUGAACCUGCUGUAUAGCCGCUACAAGGAGCUUAAGGGAGGAGAGAGGGACGAGGAGAGGAAGCGCCUCAAGUUGCAGGCGCAGGCGAUCCUCGAGUAUGCGGGGAUGAUACCUUAUCGGAUGCCAGGCGACACCAAUGCACGCCUGGUCCAGAUGGAAGUGCUCAUGAGUUGAGUGCCUGCUUCGAGCUUCUGCUCAACUCAGUUUGUAUGUAAUAAAUUCCAAUUUCAUGUUU